UAAGUAAAAUAAGUAGAAAAAGACCUUAAAACCACUUUCUCCCUACCACCCUUGCAUUGCUCGGCAGCUCUUAACUUCUCUUUUAAAAUUCUUCUUCGCCUUCGCGAUGCUCCGCCGCACCGUUCCUUUGUUCGCAUCAAGGAAGGUGCGUUUCGGCGUUAGGCACAAAUCCGGUGGCGGAAGAAGGCCGAAGAAGAAAACGUACCACAGAGUGGCUGAACUAGACCGAGUGAUGGAACUGCGAAAGAAGCCAUUGAUGAUUCUCCAACUCACCUCCCUCAUCCAAUUUCAGCCCCACCACUCCCCCCUCUUCCUCCGCGAUCUCGAGAAGAACGUCGGCUUCGUUCGAAAAUGGGCCUUCAUGGCCCUCAUCGACAAACACCCCUCGGUCUUCCGCGUCUCAGGGACGCCCCCUUCCGUCUCCCUCACGGCCCGGGCCCGAACCCUAGCCCAGGAAGAGCCCAACGCCCGAUCCUCCAUGGAAUCCCUCUUGGUCACCAACCUGCGGAAGCUGCUCAUGCUCUGCGUCGAUUGCAAACUGCCGCUUCAAACUGUGGAGCUCGUUGGGCCUCAGUUGGGCCUUCCCUCCGAUUUUAAGGACUGUUUGAUUCCGAAGUACCCCCAGUUUUUCACGGUUAGGAGCUUCCGUGGAAGGGAUUGUCUUCUGUUGGAGGAUUGGGAUUCCAACUUGGCUGUCACUUCUAGAGAGACUAGGUUGGCACAGGAAGGAGUUGUGAACAUGAAGGCAAACGGAGAUAGGAGGAAGGUGAAGAUUUCAAGAGAUGGGAACUACCUUGGUCCAUUUGCUUUCAAAAUGAAUUUUCCUGCUGGAUUUAGGCCAAAUGUUGGCUACCUUGAGCAGCUUGAGAGGUGGCAGAAGUUGGAGUUCCCUUCUCCUUAUUUGAAUGCAAGGAGAUUUGAUGCUGCUGAUCCAAAAACUCGAAAACGAUCUGUGGCAGUGAUUCAUGAGCUCCUGAGCUUGACCAUGGAGAAGAGGAUGACAUCUGCACAGCUUGAAGCAUUUCAUGCAGAGUGUUUUUUACCAUCUCAAUUACUGCUUUGCUUGAUAAAGCAUCAGGGGAUAUUUUACCUCACUAAUAAAGGUGAACGGAGUACCGUGUUCCUCAAAGAUGCAUACAUUGGUUCCAACUUGAUAGAUAAGUGUCCUCUGUUACAAUUUUAUGAUAAAUUUAUGGCACUCUGUGGAAGAGGAAAUAUUGAUCUGUGUGACAACGCAAAUUCCUUACCAACCGUUAUUUAGAAGUUGAAUUCGAUUGAUUCUUUAGUGAUAAGGUAAUUCUGCAUCUCUUCCUAGUUGAUAGAGGCUAAGGAAAUAUAACUGGAAAAGUAUGCAGCAUAAGGAUAUCAUUCCUCACGUAAUUACAAUCUCCUGAUACUUCUACGUCAAAAUUGUUGAUAGAUUAGGAAUAUUAGCUACGGCUAGAAAGGCUGUGAUCAAAAGUGAAAGUUGACUUUAUCAAAUUAGAAUAUUUUCAUCGUUCUUUGCUGUCAGAGGUUGAAGUUGUUCAGAAAAGUCUUAUCGUUUAAACUUCUGAUGCUCAUAAAUAUGUAUGUCCACAGACAAUUUGAUCAUUGCUCUUAAGGCCUUUUCAGCGUGGUGAUAAAGAUGAUAUUUAGGAGUUCAUCAAAAGAAGAGGCUAGGCAUGAAAGUAUAUACAACAUCAUUAUGCAUCUGAUGCUUUAGUGUAAAUAUGCUGCCUUAAUCUGAAGAUUCUUUUAUGGAGAUUUUGGUACUCCUUUGAUGCAUUUGUGACUGACCAGUUAAAGAGCUAUAACCGCUUGAAGACACCAGAGAUUGUUCUAAAUACUGUCUCACAUGUGUAUCAUACUCAGGCGUUAGUGCUGCUGUGAGAGUUGUUAGUUGUUCUCGAGGUAAUAUUUCCUCACUCCAUAUGUUCAUAUAUUAUUAUCCUCAAGAUAUAAAUUGAAGCUCCUGUUUGCAUCAAAUGAUUAAA